AUGGCGCAAUACACAUUAGAAGCCUCCAAGUGUGACUGGGAAUGUCUAUCUAAAGCACUGCAGAACAGGUGUGAUAUAGGAAAGCGCCGGAUACCUUGGUGCCGACCCGCCUCUCUUCUGUGUGACGGUACAGGGGACUGUAGUAUGCAGUGUGACGACACAGAAAAAACCCACAUGAUAUCGAUAGAGAUUGAAGGGCUGAAGACGUUUCUUCAACAAGAAAAUGUUUUAUGUGAAAAGGGAGAUAUCUUCGAAAUUAGCAUGAGUUGUGAUGAAUGUGACAUUCAGGUUAAAACAAUGCGGUUUAAGCUUCCAAGGAGUCGAAGAAGACUGCCUUGUGAGACGAUCCAGGAGAUGCUGGAACAGAACGAAGUCCAAUUUGAAUGCAUCUACAAAAUCUGCGAUUGUCAAACAGAUAACAACUCAUUCAUUAGCCACUGCAAAGUCGCUAAUAUUGGAAAAGGACAAUUGGAACUAUCAGAUCCCAAUGCAGAUGACAAUCGUGACACAAACAAGAACAAGAACGAAAAGACGAAAGAAAAGAAGGGAAAAAGUAGGAGUUCACCGCGGCCGACUGACGGAGAUGAAGGACAACAACAAGUUGGGGAAACAACAACAUCGCGUAUUUCAACAACAUCUCGAAAAGGUGAGAAAGGGAAAGGGCAAAACUCAGGUGAAGUUACAAAUAAAAAUAAACCAGUUAAUCGCGAAACCACCACAUCUCGUACAAAUAAAAAGGGAAAGGGAAAAAACCCUGGCGGACAAAGCGGCGAAAACGAACCAGCAUCUGGUGAAUCUUCAACUACUUCUACAAAUAAGAAAGGAAAUGGAAAAACCCCUGGCGGACAAAAUGGAGAAAACGAAUCAUCAUCUGGUGAAUCUUCAACUUCUCCUACAAAUAAGAAAGGAAAGGGGAAAAACCCUGGCAGACAAAGCGGAGAAAAUGAACCCGCAUCUGACGAAUCUUCAACUUCUCGUCCGAAAAAGAAAUACAAAAAGAAAGGAAAGGGAAAAGGAACAGCGUCUCGUGAAAGCACAACAACUAGUGUGGGUGACAACAACAUCGAACAAACCUCUGGAAGUAAUGAUCAGGAAAGAAAACCUCGCAAGAAAGGUUUUAGCAAUAAUCCGCAGUGUCUUGAAAACAUAGAUGACAGUGAUAAAACUCGCGAAACAACACUUGGAGGAGAAACUUCAACAAAUGAUGACGUUAGUAUUAUUGAAUCAACACAAAGUUUGUUUUCAACCAUUUCAACAACAGAUUGGGAAGGAUCUACACUCACCAUUAACGGAGUUCCUGACACAACAGAAGAAGAACGCGGCACAACAGAAGUGACUUCCCAUAACAUAACGGAAAAUGAAAAAAAAUAUACCAGAAUCAGUGGAGUAGGGCAGACUGGUUUCAUUGACACCACUGAAAACGGAAAUCGUGACGGUGAAAAUGGAUCAACCAAAACUCUCAACUUCCGCACGGACAGUGUCAACGGAUCUACAUCAACUGAUACGAUCGGAAGCACUUCAAAUGGCAUGACUGCCUUCGUAACAAAGCAACCGGAGCCUGUGACGCUACCAAGAUCAGGGUCAGCCUUCCACGACACAACUAUGUUUAAUUAUGCACUAGCAGGAGGCGUGGCUGGCCUCGUUCUUAUAUUGCUGGUGAUCCUGUGUUUAGUCCUUUUCACCAGGGACAGAAAAAAAAAGAGGAGAUAUUUAGAGGAAUCUAUGAAUUUGCCACCGCCCAUUGAUGUACCUGAUGACGAGAGUCUUGCCGUAUACAACCGAAAAUCCUCAAAGCGACUUUCUGCGAUACAUGACCGAAAUGACCAGCGGCGUUCAUUUAAACUGAAAUCGUUUUCAUUGAAGAAAAUUGAACCACCAGAUACAAAUCAUAUUUGAUGAAGAAAUAUGCAGUGACUGUCUGAGCAUUGAUGUCAACAAUCUUUUGUUCGUUAUUCAGGGAAUAUUGUACAUUAUUGAACAUGUUUAAAUGUGUGUUUUGAUUAUCUUAUGCUCCUCCAGCCUUACCUAUAUAAACAAUUGUGUCCGUCUGGUAGCUGUAGAAUAACAUAUUGUAUAUAAAUGAAUUCAUUAUCACAUGCUUAUUUCAACCCUGUCUGUAGAAACAGGUGUUUUAUCUAUGUGUGUAUUUAAAAUCUGCAUUGCUCUUUCAAAUAAAGCCUUACCUGUAGAAAUGUGUAUUAUAAUAAAGCCCUACCUGUAGAAAGGUGCAUUAUAAUUAAGCCUUACUUGUAAAAAGGUGUAUAACAAUAAAGCCUUACCUGUAGAAAGGUGUAUUAUAAUAAACCCUUACCUGUAGAAAGGUGUAUUAUAAUAAAGUUUUACCUCACCUCACAGUACAUACAAGUUCGCAUACUGUACGCUGUGUGCAUAUGUGGAAACAAAAACCAGGUACAAUAUCAAUGUUAUGUGGAGGAUGUAAUACAGACAUUACAGAGAAUUUAUUUAUUUAUGUAAAAGUGUCACUAGAUUCAAAUCGGACGCUAGCACUGCAGACAUUGAUUUAACGCUGUGCACACACAUACAUCAUUACAAUACAGUUUCAAAACUCGGAAGAUCAUUAUAAUUCUUACUAAUUGUGAACAAUAACAACGUUUCAUUUAGAAAGAUGUGUUUUAGUGAAAAGGUUCGCUUAGUUAUAAUUGUCCGGAGUAAUUUGUGACUAGUACUACUGAAAACAGCUGAUGGCCAGCCCCUAACCAAUUUGCACGGUGUAACACGUUAAUAAAAUGAU